AUGUCCUCCGACUCUCUCUUCUCGCCCGACCUUAUCUCGUCUGAAGUCGCCGCUGCCCUACCAGAGGGCUACACAAUCCGCCCCUUGCGAAAGGGUGACUACCAUGCCGGCUUUCUAGACGUACUAGCCGUCCUCACCACCGUCGGCGACGUCUCAGAACAAGACUUCAACCAGCGCUUUGAAGAGAUGCAGGCAUCUGGCGCACUGGGAAGAGGUACAGGAGGCUACCAUAUAUUGGUCAUCCUCAAUGGCAAUAACAAGAUUGUCGGCACUGGUGCCUUGAUCGUCGAGAAGAAGUUCUUGGGUCAGGUUGGUCACAUCGAGGAUAUUGCUGUCGCAAAGGAUCAGCAGGGCAAGAAGCUUGGUCUUCGUAUCAUCCAAGCACUGGACCAUGUUGCCGAGAAGGUUGGNACCAUUCUCGACUGCUCAGAGGCCAACGAGGGCUUCUAUGUCAAAUGCGGCUUCAAGCGCGCCGGUCUAGAGAUGGCCCACUACUACAACAAGUCAUAA